AUGUCGGAGAGCAGCAAGCAGCCUUCAUCAGUGUUCCCUCAAUAUCUUGCAGCCACAGCAGGAACAGCGAACCUGGCUACUGUGAUUGCCGGCUCUGCUUUGGGUUGGACGUCUCCAGCUCAGCCGAAAUUGGAAGCAGGUGAAGAGAACGAGGGAUGGAUUCUGCUCUCUUCGGAGGAAACUUCAUGGAUCGGUUCGCUGACUCCGGCGGGAUCAGUAAUUGGACCUAUUCUUGUGGGCUUAAUGGCCGAUAGGAUCGGCCGCAAGUGGACACUUCUGUUCACCGCCUGCCCUGCGCUUGUCAGCUGGAUCAUGCUCAUCUUCGUUCGCACUGUCGUGCCCAUUUACAUAGCCAGGUUCAUUCUGGGCAUCGCCGUUGGCAUGGUGUACGCCGUCUCGCCUAUGUACGUCGGCGAGAUAUCGGAGAGCCGUAUUCGAGGGGCCCUCGGCUCGUUCCUCCAGCUGCUCGUCGUCGUUGGAUUCCUCUUCGAGUACAGCAUUGGUCCCUAUGUCAGUUACAUGCAGCUCGCCAUAGUAUCGGCCUGUGUACCCAUCGUGUUCGCUGUUUCUUUCUUCGUCUUUCCUGAGUCUCCUUACUAUCUGCUCGCUAAGGGAAAACGCGAAGAGGCCACUAAAGCGUUGCAAUGGCUUAGGCGCCAGAGACGGGAUGAAGUCCAAGCGGAACUAAAUGCCAUACAGGAGGCUGUGGAACAUGAGAUGAAGAAUAAAUCUAAGCUGAGCGAUCUGAUAGCUACGAAGGGUAACAUCAGGGCACUGUAUCUUUCUCUCGGCCUCGUGACAGCCCAGCAGUUUUGUGGCAUUAACGCUGUCCUUUUCUACAAUCAAACCAUAUUCACUUCCAGCGGUGGGUCUCUGGGCGGGGCAGAGUCUACCAUUAUUAUCGGCGUCGUCAUGUUCCUCUCUUCCGGUAUCACGCCUCUAGUCGUCGAGCGUGUGGGAAGGAGGCUGCUGCUCCUAAUGAGAAUGAUAAUCGGAUUGUCGUUCGGUUUUGGGUCACUCACGUGGGCUGUGGUGGGCGAACUAUUCGCUUCAAAUGUAAAGAGCAAUGGCUCGGCUAUCACUGCCUCCUUUUGCUGGUUUAUUGGCUUCUUCAUAACCAAGUUUUACAGCAACCUGGCCGUUGAGCUUGGAAACCACUACACUUUCUGGAUAUUCGCUGCACUUACCGCCGGUUCAGGGGCCUUCGUAUACCUGCUACUGCCGGAAACCAAAGGCAAAUCUCUUCAAGAGAUCCAAAUCAUUCUCAACAACUGAAGCAACGUUAAGGCGACUGUUUCAGUAAAUUAAUAUUCUACACCGAGUAGCAAUAAAACAAUCUUAAUACUGGACGUUGAGGUAGUUGACUCUGAUAUAAUUACUUGUUGAUAAUUUCUGAAAUUAAUUAGAAUGGUAAGAUGUUGUUAAAUCCUUGUACACAUAUUUUCCAAACUAUUCCUUAAUUUUCUACUUUGCCUGUAACUGAGUGAACUCAAUGUGUUUUUGACUGAAGACAUAAAUAUGCUGUUGCCAAAAUAAUAACAUUAAUUAUAAAUAGGAAGGGCUUGUAGCAGAUGAAAGAUGCGUUCUAUACUUCAAAGAACACAUGAAGGGAAGAUACAACCUGGAAGACCUAGGAGUAAAUGGGAGGGCAAUAUCGAAAUUAAUCUCAGAAAACAGGGUGUAUGUACAAGCGUGGGCAAAAUUCAUCUGGCCAAGAAGUAUUCACUGUGACGAGGAGUUUAUCUUCUAUGGAAAAAAAAAAGAUCUGAGACCGCAGGUUACUUAAAUUGACAAUCCCCAAUAAUAAAAAUAAACUUUAUCAAAAUAGAGUAGAUAUUUCAGGAGACAAAAUAGGCGUGAGUACGAAUAAAUACGACAAUCGCUUAACAUAUUCAUCCUAUAUAUUUUGUUCAAAUAUCGCUCAAAAUGUAUUACUUCUAAACGCUCCACGAAAUUCAAUCGGCAUAAAAACUUUCUUUAUUAAUUCUAUUUUUAUAAUUAUAUGUAUUAAUAAUUCAUUAAUGACGUUUUCAAUUGCUAAUAUUAUAUAGCGAGGAAUUAUAGAAUGAUUAAUGAAUGAAUUGGAAAGGAAGCGGUCGUGGUCUACUUUGAGGUAUUAUCCUGGAAUUUUCUGGAGAAAUGAAGGUAAGCCACGAAAAACUUGUCACGAUAUCCAGUCUUCCGGCACAGAUUUCAACUCAAGAUAUCCUUAAUGUAAAACAAGAAUGCUUAUCACUCGACCAAAACUUUCGGCGUCUAUUAUAGGACGCAUCUACUAACAGGUCUGCAGUGAAGACCAAAUAGGGCCUACUUCAUUUCUUGCUAAUCAAAAUCAUGUUUUAUGUCUAUCUUUAAAGACUCUACUACGAAGACGCAUGAAAACAAAGCUUUAUGUAAUCUCACUCUCCGGAUACGAUUGAUUACGGUGCUGGUGUGUAUAAGUUUUACUUUAAUGUGUGAAGAAACAUGAAUGUUUGUUGCAAGUAUGAAAACAUGCUGAAUAAAUACUGGAUGAACUUUCAUCCAACUCACUGA